GAUAGCUUUGAAGUUGGCGUGUUGAUAUGGCGGAAGACUGCAUCCAGCAGAAAGGAUUCGCAUCCAACGACAGGGAUGAUUUUCACAAUAAGAUACUGGAUCUGUCUCACAACGAUUUAGACGGAUCGAGUCUAGAAGACAUCCUUUCCACGUGCGAGCAGAACGAAUGUAGGAACAAGUCAUACAUUUAUUUGCAUCACAAUCGUCUAAGAUACCUCCCUUCGUAUAUAACAAUGUUUAAGAAUCUUCGACUAUUAGAUUUGAGUUAUAAUAACCUGAACGUUAUUCCUGAUGGAAUACUCGAACUUGCCAGUCUCAACACACUUCUCCUUCGCAGUAAUAUGUUAGACGAGAUGUCAUUACCGAAGAAUUUCGGUGAUUUAACAACAUUAGAAGUAUUAAAUUUAAGUGGUAAUAACUUUAAGGUCCUCCCUCCGCAGAUAUUUGAUUUGAGAGAAUUGAGAUCGCUCUACGUUGGUGGAAAUCAGAUAGAACAAAUCCCUGGAGAUAUUAAAAGAUUGGAAAGAUUAGAAGUUCUAUACCUGGGAGGAAAUCAGUUAACAGAAAUUCCAGCAGAUGUAGGCCAAUUACAAUAUUUACAAGCUUUAGUAUUAUGUGAAAAUAAAUUAAGAAGUUUACCCUCAACCAUAUCAUGUUUAAGACGUCUUCGUUCGUUAGCUCUUCAUAAAAACUUUUUAACUACUCUUCCACCUGAAAUAGUAACAUUACGAGGAUUAAUUGAGUUAAGUUUGCGUGAUAACCCCUUAGUUGUGAGAUUUGUGAAAGACAUGACCUAUACUCCACCAUCUCUGAGAGAAUUAGCAGCAAGAUGCAUCAAAAUUUCCAAAAUUCCUUAUGGUCAACAUGAUUUACCAGCUAAUCUGAGAACAUUUUUAAAUAGUGCACAACGAUGUGUUAAUCCUAGAUGUAAAGGUGUAUAUUUCGACACAAGAGUAGAACACAUCAAAUUUGUUGAUUUUUGUGGAAAGUAUCGUUUACCUCUGUUGGAAUACCUUUGCUCCCCUCUAUGCCACACAAGUCCAGCAUUUACGUAUAGUAGUUCUGAUCCAGAAUCCUCUGAUGAAGAAAGUACUGUUCCCGCUAGUAAACUCAAGAGAGUUUUAUUGGGUUGAGAGUCUAUAAAUUUUAACUGUGAUUUAAACUAAAAAGUUUAUAAAAAUUUAAAUACUGUUUUAGAAGUUUAUAUAUAAUGUUCAAAAUAUUGUUUGUUAAAGUGUUUAAAAAUCAAUUUUAAGAAAGAA